CAGCGGGCGGAAGAGGUGGCUGCCAUGGCAACGGCGUACACAGCCCCGGCACCGCCGCGGCCGCCCCCCGCCCGGGCCCGGCGCAGAUCAUUCAAAUAGAAGACUGUCUCCGAAUCUGAAGAGAUUAUGGUCGUGGGAAUUUCGCACCAUUUUGGAUUCCACAGCGGUCAUUGUGUUGGAAUCGCUGAGGUCAUCUGGGAAGAGGACAAGGAGCCCACGGUACCUUUACCAGAAUGGAUCUAGUAAGAAAGAGAAUCCAUGCAUUCGUGCGAGUCAAGCCAACAGCUGAUUUUGCUCAAGAUAUGAUCAAGUUUGGGCCAGACAACAAGAGCAUAGAGAUAUGCCUCAAAAAAGAUGCCAAGAAAGAAGCUAUGAAUAGCAGGCAGACCAACUGGUCCUUUAGGAUGGAUGGCGUCCUUCACAACACCUCCCAGGAACAGGUUUAUGAGACAGUGGCAAAGAAAUUGGUGUCCGAAGCUGUAAUUGGCUAUAAUGGCACGAUAAUGUGCUAUGGGCAAACGGGGGCUGGUAAAACUUACACCAUGAUGGGAACAACUGCCGAUUACAAGCAUCGAGGAAUCAUACCACGAGCUAUACAGCAGGUCUUCAAAGCAACUGCACAAUCCAUUGAUCCACUCAUCACUGUCCGAAUAUCCUAUCUGGAAAUCUACAAUGAGACCUUGUUUGACCUUCUGUCUGCCGUGACAAGCGAUGGGAGCAGUGACAUGCAGAUGGCUAUUGUGGAUUGCCCAGAAGGGGUUUCUGUGAAGGGCUUGUCUAUACAUACAGUUAGCUUCGAGGAAGAUGCUCUAAGUCUCCUUUUUGAGGGUGAGAGCAGAAGAGUGAUAGCAGAGCAUGCACUGAACAAGCAUUCGUCCAGAUCCCAUUGCAUCUUUACUAUUUACAUCGAGUCUCGUUUCAGAUUUUUCUCAGAUGUCAAAUGCGUUAACUCCAAAAUCAACUUAAUAGAUCUGGCAGGCUCAGAGAGACUGAGCAAGUCUGGAUCUGAAGGACAGCUUCUGAAGGAAGCCACAUACAUCAACAAGUCUCUGUCGUUCCUGGAGCAAGUCGUCAUUGCCCUGGCUGAUCCUAAGAGGGACCACAUCCCCUUUCGGCAGAGCAAGCUCACUUACGUCCUCAAGGACUCACUGGGGGGAAACUGCAAUACUGUCCUUGUGGCAAAUGUCUGCGGGGAAGCUGCGCAUGUGGAACACACUUUGUCUUCUCUUCGGUUUGCUACCAGAAUGAAAUGGAUCACCACAGAGCCAGUCCUCAAUGAGACAUAUGGCCAAGAGGGGACAGUGAAGGCUUUGGAGAAGGAGAUUGCUUUUCUGAAGCAGGAACUGGCCAUACGUGACAGCUUGGCAAAUCGUUCUUUGGUGACUUAUGACCCUCUGUCUGACGUCGAGAUAGAAGAGAUUAAGUCUCAAGUCCAUAGAUACCUAAAAGGAGCCAUUGAUGAAAUUGAUAUAGUGAACCUCAGGCAAAUCCAGGAGGUAUUCAAGCAGUUCAAACUGAUUUUAAGUCAACAGGAGUGUGAAGUGGAGGCCAGAUUACGAAGCAAGUAUGCUCUGAUAGACAAAAAUGACUUUGUUGCUGUUGCUGCUUUUCAUAAGGCAGGUGUGGUUGAUGUGGAUGGCCAUUUGGUGCAGGAAGAGGAUGAGCAGGCUUUUGACACUAGAGCUGCUCCUUCAUCCAGACGUGGUAGGAAGAAGAAAUCCAGGAGGAAUGAUGAGGUGUCCAGGAAAGAAGGAACGAAGAGCAAUCUUUCUUGGAAAGAUGUGGAUGGGGAUUUACCAUCAAAAAGUCAGGUAACGUUUUCCAUCAAGGAUCUGGAUGUGAAAGAGGUACCAAGGGACCAGGAUACAGCAAAUACUGAUGCAGAGCUUUCAAAGCCAUCUCCUGUGGAGGAUUCCCAGCAGCCCAGCUCCCCUCCGCCCAAGCCAGCAGCAUUUGAGAUGUUUAAGGAGGAGUAUGGAAGUGAGAUCAGCCGGAUCUUUAAAGAGAACAAAAGCAUCCUAUAUGACAGGAAGAAGAGGAGAAGUACUGUAGCACAGAGGAUCAACUCCAUCAAGCUUGAGAUGGAGAGCAUCAAAAAGGCUCUGGAGGCUCAGCAGCAGGAGCGGUGGCAGCAGGGAGAGUAUGUUGAUGAGAAAGGACACAUCAUAAUUGAUGAGAAGGAGUUUUUACUCAUCGUGAAGCUGAAAGAGCUGAAGGAAGAGUACAGGUCUAGUUAUGCUGAACUGCAGGACCUGAAGGCAGAAAUCGAGUACUGCCAGGAUCUGGUGAACAAAUGCCGGAACAGACUCAUCUCAGAGUUCAAGAUCUGGUACAACGAGUCCUUCCUUAUCCCCAAGGAUGUGCAGGAAGCUCUGAAGCCCGGUGGCAACAUCAGACCUGGAAUGAUUCCCAUAAACAGAGUCAUGUGCCUGGAGGAAGACGUGCAGGAGAGGUUUGAGCGGAUGCAGGAGACAGUGCUGCCAGCCUGCCCAGCUUCAGUCCCCUUCUACAAGGCGAAAAUGAGGACUGAUCAAAAGCAUGUGUACAGCAAAACCGUGUCAUCCCUAGAGCAAAUGCGCAAGAAACCAGGGCUCAUCCCAGCUGCCGGGAAGAAUAAAACCAUGUCAUUUCUGCACGUCACAUAGCAGAUUUGGGCUCAGCCUGGAACCCAUAAGCAACACUAGCUCAGAAAGUGCCUCAUGUUCAUAUCCAAAUAGAUUUAUCAACAAUAAACAGUAGGAAAAAAACCCCACCCCUCUCAGCGAGACUGACAGUUAUUGGUAAUCGAACCCACUGUUUAGACAGGCAGUGAGCCAGGGGGUUCAAAUAGCAACGCUUGUUUUUCUGAGCGUCUCUGGAAAACAUAAUGGCACGACAGAAGGUGUGUUGUGGACAACCUGGGCUGCUUCUGCUCCCCCUCCUCCCCUGUGCCUCCCAGGAAGGAGGAGGAAGGGAGGGAAGGGCCUCCCAGGCUUGUUUGUGAUAGAAGCUUUGACACUGAAGGUGGAUCCUGAGAAGUCGAGUCUAGGUGAGAGCAGAUCCUCCCUUGGAUGGAAGCAGCCCCAGGGUGUCUGCCUUCCUGGAUAGAGGAAGGGGCUGGAGAGGUGCACGCAAGAGAAGUGUUUCCAUCAGCUGCCUGGUGUUGGACGCAGCAGCGUUGAUUUAUGACACCCUCCCCACCCCAGUGCAGCAGGACUAGGGCAUUGUUUGCCCACCGCUUUCUGGGAAGGCAAUUCAGACCCAGGGUGAGAUCAUGGUGCCUGGCAACUGGAAAGCUCCAGGGGAUACUGUGCUGCUUAGCCAGGCUGCUGCUAUCUUUGUCCACGAAGUGGAGCAUGCUGAAGGCCUGCUGGAAGUCCUCCUCUUCCUCAGCAGAGGUGGGAGGCUGCUUCCAGCUUGGCACAUGUCAUGGGAUUUUGCGUACCAAAUAUCCAGCCAAAAGAAUCCCGUCUUCUACUGCUGCCAACAGGUGGCCAUCAGUGUCAGCUCCCCUGUAAAUCCUCUCUGUGCCUAUACCACAGGCUCUAAGGAGCGAUAUAUGGACGUGGGCCCAGAUAUACGUAUGUAUGUAUGUGCUGUGCCAGCUGCAGGCUUGGCCUAAAGAAGCUCUGGGGUCCAGCUCCUCCUUGGAGCUCCCACUUCUUGCCUCUGCAAGGAAUAAAAGCGUCAGCCAUGAUUUUUGUGUCUACCAUGUGUUUUGGGUGGCCCUCGGCCACCGCAGCUGAUGGGCGCAGGCUCUGGUCUGCAUUCAGAGCUGCUGCAGGCAGGAGUUGCUUCUCCAUCCCUCUGUGAGGUUGUGGAAUCCUGAGAGCUUCAAAAUUACUUGGAGAGCUUGAAGAAUAACGCUGAAAACCCCCAAAUGCAGCACCUGCGAUCUGUGGCUGUCAGCAAUGCCCUGGCCAAAGCCUGGCAAAUCACCAGGAUUACUGGAAAAACCCCUGGCAUGUGGCUUGGAGCGAUGGGGCGAUGCUGGCUGGGCCCCACUGAGAGAUGGGACAGAGGACAAACAGCCCCCGCUGCUACAACUGGCACCUGCCACAGCAGGAGGAUCGCUGGAUUCACAUAUCCCAGGUCAAAGGUUUUCCACAUGCCGCCUUCCCAUUUACAUGGAACUCUGGAAAAAUUAAUUAGUCCAAGCUGUUUGAUUUAAUUUGUUGCAGCUCACUCCUGUUACAGUAACGGCACCUGCCCCCCAGAAGUGCUGUGAGUAAGAGCCUAGAAAUGCCCUUUCUUGGAAUUAUCAAUUUCCAAAGGCUUAUGAAGCUGCUGGAAGUUCAACCCAGCCUGAAUUUCCUAAGAAAACUCUUCCACGCAAACUGAGCUCCAUCCACCCCUCCUCUGCUUCCCUGUCGUGCUUCCACAUGGAUGCUGCUCCUGUCCCUUUGGGUCCCUGUGCCACUGCUGCCCAUGCCAUGGUCCCAAAUCUGGAAAAGGCAAAGCAAGAAAUGUCAAUAUUGGAUGACGCCAAGUGUCGUUUGGAGGCUCCUGUGUGAGCGGGAAGGUCCUCACACCCCAAAAGCAGGCAGGUAUCCUGGAGCACGCUGGCACUGUCUCAUUGAGCUCUCCCCGGGGUUUGGGAAGUUGGUGAAAUAAAGUAACCAGUGAAAGGACAAGAA